AUCAAAAAAAAAAAACAGCACCUAGAUGAUCACUAUUUGACGUCACAUUAAAUCCAACCGUGUAAUUCCUUUUUGAAAAUAAAAGAACAUAUUGCUACACGUUUUCUUCGCUGUCUUCAAAAUUCAACAUCUCUGGAAAAAAUAUUAUAAAAACAAAACAAACAGCUCAAUGAAGAUUGGCUGAUUUGAAUCCACAAGGAAAAAAAAAACCCAGUCGUCAAAAUCCAAUUUUUGAUUUAUCUGGGUUUCGAAUAUUCUCCAUUUCCUCCAAUCACAGCACGAAAAGUAUUCACCUUUUUUUUGUGUGUGUUUAAUGGAUGCAACGACGGAGAAAUUCGUUGCUUCACGGCCAUCUACGGUUGAUUCAACGGCGGGGAUGAGAGGUUGUGGGCUUGCUAAUCUGACGUGGGUUGGUGUAGACAAGGAGGAGCUGCGCCAGAGGCUGUUGAUGCCUGAGUAUCUCCGUUUAGCCAUGCGUGACUGUAUCAAAAGGAAAGAUGCCACGGCCAUUCCUGACCAUUUGCUUCUUCCUGGUGGCGGCGUCGCUGAUAUGGCUCCUCACGCGCCGAUGGUCGUGUUUAUCAAUCCUAAAAGUGGUGGUCGUCACGGUCCUGUGCUUAAAGAGAGGCUUCAACAGUUGAUGAGCGAUGAACAGGUGUUUGAUCUGACGGAAGUGAAGCCGCAUGAGUUUGUUCGAUACGGUUUGGCGUGUCUGGAGAAAGUUGCAGCGGAAGGAGAUGAAUGUGCUAAAGAAUGCAGAGCUAGGUUGAGGAUUAUGGUUGCAGGAGGUGAUGGUACUGUUGGUUGGGUUCUUGGAUGUCUUGGAGAGCUUAACAAAGAUGAAACAUCACAUAUUCCUCCUGUCGGCGUCAUCCCACUCGGUACAGGAAAUGAUCUCUCAAGGAGUUUUGGUUGGGGUGGUUCGUUCCCUUUUGCUUGGAGAUCUGCUGUUAAAAGAACACUCCAUCGUGCAAGCAUGGGUCCAGUUGCUCGACUAGAUAGCUGGAAGAUUCUAGUGUCAAUGCCAACUGGAGAAGUUGUGGAUCCUCCUUACUCUUUAAAACCAGCCGAGGAAAACCAACUUGACGAGGGUUUGGAAGCUGGAGUAGACGCGCCACCAGUGGCGAAGACCUAUGAAGGUGUGUUCUACAAUUACUUAAGCAUAGGUAUGGAUGCUCAAGUUGCGUAUGGCUUCCAUCAUCUUCGCAACACUAAACCAUAUCUUGCUCAAGGCCCUAUCUCAAACAAGCUUAUUUAUUCUGGCUUUAGUUGCACUCAGGGUUGGUUUUGCACUCCUUGUGUCAGUGAUCCAGGUUUAAGGGGACUUAGGAACAUAUUGAAAAUCCACAUCAAGAAGGUUAACUGCUCUCAAUGGGAAGAGAUCGCCGUCCCUAAAAAUGUGAGAUCAGUUGUGGCAUUGAAUCUCCAAAGCUAUGGAAGUGGAAGUCAUCCAUGGGGUAACUUAAAACCAGACUACCUAGAGAAGAGAGGAUUUGUUGAGGCGCAUUCUGAUGAUGGUUUGAUAGAGAUCUUUGCUUUCAAGCAUGGAUGGCAUGCGUCAUUUGUCAUGACUGAGCUCAUCUCAGCCAAGCACAUAGCUCAGGCUGCUGCCGUUAGAUUCGAGCUAAGAGGAGGUGACUGGAAAGAUGCCUUCUUGCAAAUGGAUGGAGAGCCAUGGAAGCAACCCAUGAAUCCUGAGUACUCAACGUUUGUGGAGAUUAAAAAAGUUCCAUUUCAGUCUCUGAUGAUAAAUGGUGCAUGAUCGCUAUUCAAAGCUGGAUUCUUUUUAGAAAAAAAAGCUAAUUGGUUUGGUAAUUUGGAUAUGAUUAUUUAGACAGCAUAGAUAGCUGCUAUGCUUAUUGUGACUGUUGGUUGUUGUAAAUCUCUUGUGUUGUGAGAAAUGAAGUUUGCGUUUGUACCAUACAAGUAAGUAAGGAACAAGCUCUCUCCCAUA